UUCUAGUCAGGCUGAUUCCUUUUGUGACCUGUCCGUUUAAUCAAAUAACGCUCCUUUGUUUUAUAGGCAUCCCAGGAAGUGACUAUGUGAAUGCCAACUACAUAGAUGGAUAUAGAAAACAAAAUGCCUACAUUGCAACACAGGGAUCUCUUCCUGAGACCUUUGGGGACUUUUGGAGAAUGAUGUGGGAGCAACGGAGUGCCACUGUUGUCAUGAUGACAAAACUAGAAGAAAGAUCCAGGGUGAAGUGUGACCAGUAUUGGCCCAGCAGAGGCACAGAGACCCACGGCCUGGUCCAAGUGACACUGCUCGAUACUGUGGAGCUGGCCACAUAUUGUGUUCGAACAUUUGCACUUUAUAAGAAUGGUUCAAGCGAGAAGAGAGAAGUGAGACAAUUCCAGUUCACCGCCUGGCCUGAUCAUGGUGUUCCAGAGCACCCCACGCCUUUUCUAGCUUUUUUAAGGAGAGUCAAAACCUGUAACCCUCCUGAUGCAGGUCCAAUGGUUGUGCACUGCAGUGCGGGAGUUGGCCGGACUGGUUGUUUCAUCGUAAUAGAUGCCAUGUUAGAAAGAAUAAAGCAUGAAAAAACUGUAGAUAUUUAUGGCCAUGUAACUUUAAUGAGAGCCCAGAGGAAUUACAUGGUUCAAACAGAAGACCAGUACAUCUUUAUCCACGAUGCACUGUUAGAAGCAGUGACUUGUGGAAAUACCGAAGUGCCAGCUAGAAACUUGUAUGCCUACAUUCAGAAGCUGACACAAAUAGAAACAGGGGAGAAUGUCACAGGAAUGGAGCUCGAAUUUAAGCGUCUAGCCAGCUCAAAAGCUCACACCUCAAGAUUCAUCAGUGCCAAUCUUCCAUGUAAUAAAUUCAAGAAUCGCCUUGUUAAUAUUAUGCCAUAUGAAUCUACAAGGGUAUGCCUGCAGCCUAUCCGAGGAGUAGAAGGAUCUGAUUACAUCAAUGCCAGUUUUAUUGAUGGAUACAGACAACAGAAAGCCUACAUCGCUACCCAGGGGCCCUUAGCAGAGACCACUGAAGACUUCUGGCGGAUGCUGUGGGAACACAACUCCACCAUCGUUGUGAUGCUCACCAAGUUGCGUGAAAUGGGCAGAGAGAAAUGUCACCAAUACUGGCCAGCAGAACGUUCUGCAAGAUACCAGUAUUUUGUUGUAGAUCCCAUGGCUGAGUACAACAUGCCACAAUAUAUCCUAAGGGAGUUCAAGGUCACAGAUGCCAGGGACGGCCAGUCUCGAACAGUAAGGCAGUUCCAGUUCACUGACUGGCCAGAACAAGGAGUGCCAAAGUCUGGAGAAGGAUUUAUUGACUUCAUCGGCCAAGUCCAUAAAACAAAGGAGCAGUUUGGCCAAGAUGGACCCAUUUCAGUCCAUUGCAGUGCGGGCGUUGGAAGAACUGGUGUCUUCAUAACACUGAGCAUUGUUUUGGAAAGAAUGAGAUAUGAAGGAGUUGUAGAUAUCUUCCAGACCGUCAAAAUGUUAAGAACACAACGACCAGCCAUGGUGCAGACAGAGGAUCAGUACCAGUUUUGCUAUCGAGCCGCACUAGAAUACCUGGGCAGCUUUGACCACUAUGCAACGUAGAAACCCUGGACCCUUUCUGGAUUUUUACUACAGGCCCUUCAAUAUCCACGGAGUCUCUUCUGAGCCAUACAGGGCACUUGAGAAGUCCUUCUUAACUUCUAGCUAACAACCACUUAGUGGGACUAUUACACACAGAACAAAUUAAAAACUCUUCCAGGUGGACCAAGAAUUCAGUUUGAUAAUCUAACCUGAAAAAUAAUGAGAACCCUGACUAUGAGGCAUCUGAAGGAUUUGCUUUACAGAUAACCUCAAGGAUUCAAAAUAAAGGGAAGAAGAAAUCACAGCAAAGAACCACCAUCUUGUUCAGGAUUUCUUGACAGUUAACAAAGAACUUGCCAGCACGUGCUAUAGUUCAGCGGGAGGUGUUUGCUGGCGUGGCUUCUCAUGAUGAGAUGGACUCUUGCUUCCACAUCGCCCCUUCCCACCAUGACACUCAUAAUUACAUGUUAGGGGUAAGGGUGGGGAUGUUUAAAAAGAGAGUCCUUGAUUUAGUUUUUUAGUAUUGUAAAGAUACUGCUGACCUGUGUUUCAUUUCUAACUGUGUCAACUUUUUUUUAACAAAAUGUAUCAUUCGAUAAAAGUGAAUUUUAAAAAAAAGUUAACCUAACUCUUCAUUUUUUUAUUUCCAAGUGGUAGGUUUUUUUAAGCUGUAGAACUGUUAUCUGUAGUAUCUUGUAGAAAUAUCAAAUAAUUUGAAAAUUUGCACAUUUUUGUGCAAUAUUCUUCAUCUACAGUAUCGGUCUCAUCAGAUAUUACUUGUACACUUCUGUUUGGUUUUAACUGAUGAGAAACUACCCGCUCUCUUCAAAUAAUCAAAGAGAAUUUUGUUUUUUGGAAUCAACAGGGAGGCGCAAAGUAUAAAGCUGCUGCUAACAUAUAUACAUAUAUAUCCAUAUUUUAUAAGGGUGUCUAUGUAUAUAUAGUCAGUGUAUCCACAAAAGAUAGAUUUAGCUAUCAUUCAGUUCUUCCAUGAUUUAGUUUUUUAAGGGUAUAAAAGCUAUCAUAAACAUCUUUUUAAAUUGAUUCUUAAUUUUAAGACAUAUUGGUAUUUCUUAAUAUUAUAAAACUUUUAUUUUUAAAGGGAAAUGAGGAAUGCACAUCAGUGAUUAUUAAGCCUCACCCCCUAAUUUCCUAUCCAUUUUCCCCCCACCGCCCCAUCCACCCACUCAUAUUCCUAAAUACCAUUCUAUUAGUCAGGCUUCCAACAAAGUUCAAUAUUUUUAACACUCUAGUGCAAUAAAAAAUUAUUAAAUAUCUAAGAGGUGUGCAUGUGGGAAAGGUCAGUGCAUAUCCCUUUAGGAGGGGAGAAUGUUGUAAUAUAUCAGCUAUCAAGUUGUUUUUUUUAAAAAAAAAGUGUAUUCAAUCGUAUAUUGUCUAUAGUAUGUGCUAUGAAAUUUGCAUUUAUGAUAUGUAACAGGGGCAAAGCCAAACUCAUGUUACUCUGUUCAAUCAGAAACAUUUUAUGGCACACAGCAUUCCUGGGAAGUGCUGUAUGUUGUUUUGGUUUUAGUUUUGCAUUUAGAGUGCCUUAUAAUUGAUGCCUAUUUUAAUAGCAUUUCUUUUUAGCUUUUGGUUCGUAUUUCCAUUAGUUGUUCAUAUCUGUUACUCUUUCAAUUAAAGCAUUAUCUGUUUACCACAUGUACAAAAACUCUUUGAAUAAUAUGCAUUCCUAGUUUUCAGCCAAGUCGGGGAUGUUAGUGAUUGUACCAGCCCAAAGCACUUGGAUAAUCAGGACCCUUCCAUUCGUACUCAUCAACAUCAGGAAAAACUACUUGUUUUAUUUAAAAAUCCCUUCCAAAUCUGCUCUGGAAUGUACAGUUACUGUACCAAACUUAUUUCAGUAAUAAACAUCAUUGGCAACUUUGGGAUGUAAUUGAUAUUCCAUUAGGACUUUUUUCUGAAAGGGGAAAUUAAUAUGUCACUCCCCCAAAAAAAGAUUUUUCCAACAUCAUUUCUCUAGGAAGCCAUGGAUGGUGGCAUGAGUUUGCCACAUACUACAUGAUUUUGAAGAACCCCCCAAACUCCUAAUAACUCUAAAAGAGUUUUGCUAUCAUUAUAUUUUGGUUUAGCUUCAUGGAUGUUCUGCAUAAAAGGAUAUUUGUUUUCACAUUUUCCCAUCACUAGCAGAACGAAAUCCAAGAGACCAAACACUCGCAAGCAUCAUAUUUGAGCACUUUUGUAAAAAAAAAAAAAAAAAUAGAAAAAAGAAAAUAUAUAUAAUACUAAAAAAAAAAAAAAAGUAUCUUAGAAGGCUACCUCAGAAUGAGACUCUCUAACCUACAUCAGAACCAGAGAAGAAUGUGCACUGUGUGGGUCUGUUGUUUUCUUUUAGUUUGUAUCUUUUAAAGAUUUAUCCAAGUGCCAGAUUACUCAGUGCUAUAAUUUUCUUUUAGUGAAACAAAGGGGGUCAGACAUUGCAUCAUCCAGACAUACCAUGUUGGACAUGUAGAAACUGAUGCAGUAUUGCAUACCAGAAUGAUUGACCGCUGAGCAAGUUUGUCUCCCUUGAAAAGAAAACAAAAACUGCCCAUGAGGCAGAGGGAAAGAUGACAAUAAUCACAAGAAAAUGAAUGGGAUGCAUACCAUAGACAAAGGAGGCGGAGACUAUUCCAGAUAUCUUGCUGUUCAGGAGCUGUUUCUAGAACUAACUCCCUUACUGUCAUUGAUGUGCAUUCCACUCUGUACUUUUCUGUACAACCAUUCAAGUUUUAAUUUCCCAGGUAAACAUCUUUAUCUGUCAUUAUCAUAAACUUUCAAGUUUCCAAUUAUUUUCAUCAUCAUAACCAGUACGGUGCUAUUAUUUACCUAUGUACGUGUAGUUAUGUAUAAUUUUGUAAUUAGUUACAAUGGUAAAAAAUCAAAAUAUAUAAAAAGUGAUUUGUACAGAACUUUAUUUUAGCUCUUUUUUAAAAAUGAUUUGCAUGGUUAGACAACAGCGAGGACAGCCAGGGGAGGGAAGGGCCUCUAGGGAACUUUGCACUUUCUAUACCUUUGUACUAUGCACUGCCCUAUUGAUUCUACACCCAAUAAUGUUAUUACUUGAACCCAUCUGUAAGAAACUGCUUCAGAAAUUCAUUUGUGUGUGUGUAAAUAACACAAAAAAGAAGCAGGAAAGGGGGAAAAAUAUAUGUGCAAUACUGCGCAUAUCUUUUUUUUCCCCUUUCCUGCUUCUUUUUGUUUUUGAUUUGUUUUAGUCCCUCUGUAUUUUUAAUUCCCUUUAUGUUUUCCUUUGGAGGUUUUAGUUUCCUGUGGGUUUAUGGGUGCCCUGAUACUCCAGCAGAGAUCAGAAGGCUACAGAUCCAUCCUAUCCAUCCGUUACGUGGCUUUGCCAUCCAAGCUUGGAGUGUCUUUACAAAGAUAAUAACAGUUGUGUUCUUUGCUCUCGUUUUGGAUGCAUAGACUGAAAACUAAAAAAAAAAAAUAACUUGUAAAAUGGCUUGUUAAAAAAAUACAAUUACCUCUAAUUAGUAGUACGCGUAAAUGUUUUACAGAAUGAAAGGCGUGCUUUUUAUUUUCUUACUUCGUUACAUUGGUGGCGAAAGAAGUCUGUAUGAAAAUCAGUUCUUUGCUGACACAAGUUCCAUUUGUUACAAAUGAAUUCUAAUAAAAAUGUCAGUGUUAUGCA